AUGACCUUGGCCGCUAUUCUGUCUGUCCUGGGCAACCUCAUCCUCUCAUACUUCUCACAGCAGAUAUCUCAGGACAUAGGGAUGACUGACGCCCAGUAUGGCAUGUUGACUGGAUAUGCCUACUUCCUUGUACAAGGCGUGGCAAUGGUUCUUCAAGGCUACGCCAUAGACUUCUACUCGCUUAAUCGCGUGUAUGUUGUUGGAUUCGGCGGCGUGCUGGGAGCUGGAGCGCUCCUCAUGCAGGGAUUUGCCAAGGACUUCAAUGUGAUGCUCAUUGGAAUGCUGUUCAGUGCGUUGGGCAGUUCUGUAUUCGCAGUCCUCCCCAUUCCCAUUCUCUCCGACAUCCUGCCUCCAGAGCAGAUCAGUUUUGGGGGCGCCAUCUUCGGCUCCAAUCCCUACCUGGCUGAGUUUCUGGCGGGCAACCUGGCGGAAUUGUGCCUGAAGAAGGGCAUCAGCUGGCGCUGGGCAGUUGUGGGACUGGGUACUGCCUGUGGCGCUUCGUCUCUGGCCAUUUUUGCCUUCCUUCGAGAGCCGCCGAUCGGCCGCUUCAUUGUCAAGAGGGCGGGUGACAGGCUUUCGUAUGGAUCAUUAGGGUUGGGAAGGCUGAUACCUCUGGCGUGCUAUGGAGCUAUCUGCCAACGGUACUACACCAAGUUGCCCACCAUCUCGCUCUACACUACAGCGAUCGGGGCGUGUAUUGCGGCAGCGUGUGUGGCCAUUUCAAUUCUUUCUCGCGUAAUAGCAGGGGAUGUUUCCAACAGGGGGUACGCCAUUGGCCUGACAGCGAUGACUCUAACGUUUGUGAUCGGAGAGGGCUGGCAGGGACCUCUGAGUGUGAUGAUAACGCUUGCGCUGCCACCUGAGAUCAGGAGCUUUGCAAUCUCCCUCUUCUUUGCGGUUGCGCAGCUCAUUGGCCCUGCAGGCAGCGUCCUCUUUGGCAUCUACCUCACGAUUGGAGACUGGGUCAAAGGAACGCCAUCGUACGUUACACCGGCACGCAUCUACAUGCUGGUGGCUCUGAUGGGCGGCUACAUUGGAUCAGCCAUCAUCUACAUCUUGGCCGUCCCAGCCGUCAACCGCGAUAUGGAGAAGCGCGCGGAGGCCGUGCGUGCCGGCGGCUACCCCGAGGUGUGUGCAUUCUGUAUCUUAUGCACACGAGUGGUUGCACCCCCGCACAUCAUCUAA